AUGGCUCCCCCAGUCAACCGCUCUAGUCUGCAUCUUCAUGUCCUUCCUGAUUUAUGUUUCGUGGUCCAAAUGGACCCGACAGACGCUAUUCCACCAAUGAUCGUCGACAGCUUGUCCAAUAACUCUAGUAAACUUCUAUCGAUCACUCGUACUUCAGAAGAGAUUUCUAUCGCCGGUGCAUGGCAAGAAGGAUAUCCUGAAAAAUUCAAGCCUGGCUGUACUUGGAGGUGUAUCAAGAUUGUAGGUCCGAUGGACUUUGGGCUUGUUGGGGUCAUUGCACAAUUCACCGAGCCUCUAAAGGCUAUAGGAUGUCCUGUCUUUGUUACCUCUACUUGGAAUACUGACUAUAUCAUGGUCCCAAAAGAAAAAUUAUCGAAGGCUGUUGAGACUCUCAAGACAGACGGUUGGGUCUUUGCUUAUUCCUUAACGUAG